AUGUCCUUCAUUUUCCGCAGACUAUUUGGCUCUACUCCAACAGCCACAAUGGACGCCGCCAAGGUGAAAGCACAGCAGUUGAUCGAUGACAAUGCCGUCAUGGUCUUCAGCAAGUCGUAUUGCCCUUACUGUAACAAAGCUAAGGGCCUCUUCAGCAGCCUCGAUGUCGAAUACAAAGCGAUCGAGCUUGACCAAGUCGACGAUGGCAGUCAGAUCCAAGAUGCGCUGUACGAGCUUUACAACCAGCGAACCGUCCCCAACAUCUUCAUCGGCGGCGCCCACAUUGGUGGAAGCUCAGACCUCGAUAAGGUCGACAAGAACGGGAAGGAUGGGAAGUCUUUGCAGGAGCUCUUGAAGGCUGCCAAUGCCCUCUAA